AACCCACGUAAUACACAAAUUCCGCUUCGGAUAGAAAAAGCCUUAAUCCUAAAAGAUAACAAAUCAAUGGGUUUAACAAUACACUCAUUGGUGCCCGGUCGCGAUAUAUGCAUAUCAAAGAAUUCGAUAGCCAACAAAAUACAAAAUAAAAUUUUUGAUUUUGCUGUGAAAAUGAAAAAUUUGAUUUAUGUCAUUGUUGAUAAUGAUACAAAAGAAUGUAUUGUUGUUGACGCUUGUUGGGACGUUGAUGGGAUCAUAAAAUUUAUCAAAGAUAGGCAUUUGAAACUUGUUGGCGCUAUUGUAACCCACCACCACUUCGAUCACGUUGGAGGUAUUAUGCAUAAGCCAAUAGUCUCUGUAACAU